UGAAGAAGAUGAUGGAGAGGAAGCUCAGUCCUCACAGCUUCAUCAAAGACAAACUGAACACAUGGAAACAGAAGCUGGUGGAGAGGACUGUGGAGGAGCAGAACCAGACAGGAACGCACAUCCACAUUCAGAACCAGAUACUGAGAAAAUGGCAAAGAGAAACACGCCGGCCAAAACCAGGGCACAGAAGCGCCUCAACUCCUUUAAGUUGAAGAGUGCCGAGUGGGCAAAGGGGAUGAGGCGCAACAGGAAUGUAAGCCAUUUUUUAGACGACAUUGAGGUCACAAUGGAGAAAAUGAAGGCCCUUGGGCUCAGACCCCUCCUAUUUUAUGGGGUGUAUGAUGAAAAAAGGUCAAGAUACGACACAAAGGUCAUCUGCCCUUAUAGCACGUCAAAUGAGACAGAAGUGAUGCUGAAAAAAAUUAACAUGCUUUACAGUGUUCUUUUACAAGCAUGGACUCCAGAGGAUGAGGGGAGGAGGCGGGGAGAGAAGAGGAAGGGGAAGAAAGGAAACCGGAGAGCUGUGUCAGGAGUGGAGAGGGCUGCUGCACCUCUGAGUGGAGAGGAGGGGGCUGUAGCUCUUGACAGUGGAGCCGAGGAGACUGUAGCGCCAGAGGGAGGAGACCGUGAACCUACGUUUUCAGUGAAAAUGGCAAAGAGAAACACGCCGGCCAAAACCAGGGCACAGAAGCGCCUCAACUCCUUUAAGUUGAAGAGUGCCGAGUGGGCAAAGGGGAUGAGGCGCAACAGGAAUGUAAGCCAUUUUUUAGACGACAUUGAGGUCACAAUGGAGAAAAUGAAGACCCUUGGGCUCAGACCCCUCCUAUUUUAUGGGGUGUAUGAUGAAAAAAGGUCAAGAUACGACACGAAGGUCAUCUGCCCUUAUAGCACGUCAAAUGAGACAGAAGUGAUGCUGAAAAAAAUUAACAUGCUUUACAGUGUUCUUUUACAAGCAUGGACUCCAGAGGAUGAGGGGAGGAGGCGUGGAGAGAAGAGGAAGGGGAAGAAAGGAAACCGGAGAGCUGUGUCAGGAGUGGAGAGGGCUGCUGCACCUCUGAGUGGAGAGGAGGGGGCUGCAGCAGCAGCACCUCUGAGUGGAGAGGAGGGGGCUGUAGCUCUUGACAGUGGAGCCGAGGAGACUGUAGCGCCAGAGGGAGGAGACCGUGAACCUACGGUUUCAGUGAUCCAUCAAUUUAAAAAAGCCAAAAAAACAACUGGUGGAGAGGCUGCUGUGGUUGACAGAGGAGAGGAGUCUUCACGUCCAGUGAUCCAGCAGCUUAAAAUCCAGGUGAAGAAGAGGAGACAAACCUCCAGAGAGUGCGGCCUACAUCCCUAUGCCGAUGCUUUCGAGGCAUGGAAAUUGGGACAAACUAAACAAAAAAAGGGAGUGGAUUAUGUCUACGUUUUUUGGAAGUCCUGUGAGGGAUGUGGAGAGACCUGGAGGCCCUCCUGGGAGCCUGCUAUAAACAUAGAAUUUGGCACUUAGUUCAACACACACACACACACACACACUGUUAAAGUUUUUUAAUAAAAGUUCUGUUAAAGAUUUUGUAAACAAA